UAAAAGUGAACCAGUGUAAACUUGGGUGUAUUGCACACGCGUGACGCGGGAAUCAUGUGUAAACAGAUGAGGUUCUGCCAAUACCGUAGAGCAUCGUGGUCACCAUCCAACAUGGCGUCCAUACUGAGGGGUAGUUGUGGUAGACUUACCAAGCUGAGAGGUGUUUCAAGGACAGUUUAUAAAAUUUAUAUAAGUACAGAUGUAACAAAAAAAGACCGUAUUUUAGACAGAGUGAAAAAAUUUGUCUUCGGAGAGGGACCACCCGAAGAGGAGGAUGAAACACCCGAGAGUUAUUUUCAAUUUGUAAAAGUUGAAAAACCAGCUGUAUACAGCAUGAAGAAACAGGAAAUUGUGGAAAGACUAGAAAAUAUUGUCACAGAAGUUAUGCCUGACGACGAAAAUUGGAGAGAUCAGUCGGUUAAAGAUUUGGUUUUAAAAUAUAAGAUUCUCAACAGAUGUUAUGAGGAGUUUGGAAUUUUGGUUCCCAAUUUCCAGUUAAAUGAAAUGAACAUUGUAAGGGAUGUUAUCAAGUUCUACACUACAGCGAAACCUGAAGACAAAAGGACAUUCAAAUCUAUCAAAAAACAAAAUUUACCUCGCAACUUAUCCAUUGGUGGAUCUCUACCCCUUAAGAAAGUGUCUGUAACAUGAAAUAGGAAUAUUUGUGUAACCCCAAUAAUGAGGUACAGGAGAGAAAGAGAGGUGAAGGAG